AUGCUCUUUAUCGGUCUAACGGGAUCCAUCGCAACGGGAAAGUCCACAGUCUCAUCCAUCCUCUCAACCCCCCCCUACUCCAUCCCACUCAUCGAUGCAGACGUUCUCGCCAGACAGGUCGUCGAGCCUGGAACAAAAGGCUAUGCUGCAAUCGUGAAGUACUUCCUCCCGACGACCCCGGACUUACUCAUCCCGGCCUCGGACACUAUGCCGGAAGCCGGGCCUGACGGCAAGGGACGCCCGCUGAAUCGGCCCGCGCUCGGUCGUCGCGUUUUCGGCGAUACGGAGGAGCGCAAGCGUGACCGCGCCGUUCUCAACGGCAUCGUCCAUCCGGCUGUUCGUGGAGCCAUGUACAGGGCCAUAUUUCACGCCUACAUCCGUGGUCACUGGGCUGUUCUCCUUGACGUGCCCCUCCUCUUCGAGAGUGGUCUUGACCGCCUUUGUGGCACGGUCUUCGUCGUCGCCGUCAGAGACCCGGAAGUACAAAUGCAACGACUUAGAGCCCGCGAUCCGCACCUCUCUGCCGAGGAUGCGCAGAACCGGGUGCUCAGUCAGACGGACGUGAGACUCAAGGCCAGGAGGUGCGAGGCGAGGGGCCCGGGUAAGGGCGUCGUGCUCUGGAAUGAUGGAACCAAAGAGGACCUCAAGAAGGCCAUCACGGAGGCCAUGCGCGAGGUACAGGCCUCGAACCCAGUGUGGUGGAGUUGGUUGCUACUGGCCUGUCCGCCGGCGGCAGCAGCCCUCGGUGCAUGGCGCUUUUAUCAGAAUAUCCGCAUCAACAAGGCCUGGGCCGAGCAGGAAAGGAUUGAGAAGGCCAAGUUGUAA